CCUCUAGUCUCGCGAGCGUCUCCGUGAGGAUGACGUCAGGGCUGUGCAUCCCACCGUGACGCGGGAACUCGCCGCUGCUGGGGUUGCCUCCUCUGCUCCCUGUUGUCCCCGCGGGUGCUUUUAGUAUGAUUCGUAUGGAUUUAUUGGGAAGGACCGAUCAUUUGACUUACGUAAAUAAAUGUAGCUCGGACUCGGAGAGCGAAGCAGUGAGGACCUGCCUUGCGAUGCAUCUAGAAACUACGUCCGGCUUGUAUGCUGCAGGAAUUGUAGGGAAUCCUAGUACUACUCUGCUUGCUGUCGUCUGAAAACGUGUUUUCUGGUUUUCAGUGCUUUCUUGGCAGGAAGCUAAAUAUAUUCCCUGUUAUUCCGUAAUGGUCAGGAGCAGAAAUCUUACCUUUAUUUUUAAAGUAAGAUGAAUAGUAAAUUGUUUCUCUUUUCUCAAGUAGAAGUGACAUAAAAUAUUAAUUCUGACCGCUGACAUUACUGGGAGAAAAAGCUACUGAGCGACUUUUUUUUUUACCACGAGAGUGAUGCAUAUUAUUACUUGCCAGUUCUAACUUUAUCAUCUGCAUCAAAGAAGAGCUUGUCCUAUGUAAUGUCCGCAGGAAUUAAGGCAGGAUCAAUUUGCUAAAUCUUGCUCCAUGGCCCUUUACUGCAGGAAACAGAAAAGCUAUUUCCAGCCCCAUAAACUAUUAAUCCAUUAACGAAUUUAGUUCUGCAAGGAGGUGGAAAAGAUUGGUUCUGGUGAAGUAUCUAUUAAUGGCAAUUAGCUCAUAGAGUUCCUUUAAGAGGGAUGUCAGUGUCUCUGGUUGUUUUAAUUGACUUGUGAGGAAAACGUGUUAAGAGAGUUACAAGGCUUCAGAGAAAUUCUGGUUGGAGGUGCCACCCACCACCAUUUUUAUGAAGAAAAUCCAGUUAAAAUGGAUAACCAAGAUGGUCUUAAGUAGAAAACAAACUGCAGAAUACCACCUUUCAGUUAGUUGACCCAGGGUGUGAAAGAGGCAAACAUUUUUUUUAAUUUGCUUCGCCUUUAUAGUAUAGUGGCCCUCCCAAGAUACCCAUGUCCUAACCUUCAAAACUUGUGAAAGGACCCAUGUUAUCUUACAUGACAAAAGGGACUUUGGAAAUAUGGAUAGGUGAAGGAACAGGAGAUUUGAAGAGUAUCCUGGAUUAUCCGGGGGGACCCUUUGUAAUUACCAUGGUCAUUAUAAGGAGGCAAGAGUGUCAGUGUGAGAUGUGAUGACCAGAGCAGAGGUGAGAAAGAGAUUUGAAGAUGGAGGAAGAAACGAGGAUCCAAGGAGUAAAGGCAACCUCUAGAAGCUGGAAAGGAACCGGGAGAGUCCUCAUCCUGGAGGAGCUCAGAGGAGACAAAGGCGGAAGCCUGAGGAGCAAGGGCCUACAGAGAGGAAAGGAAAAUCUGAGAUAAGGAAACUGAGGCACAGACAAUAAAUAUUUGCUCAAUGCCACACAGCUGGAUCUUUCGAAGAUGGUUUGGCUGCCUUGGAAAUUUGGAGAUCUGAUGCCACGAUGAGGACUCACACACGGGGGGCUCCCAGUGUGUUUUUCAUAUAUUUGUUUUGCUUUGUGUCCGCCUACAUCACUGACGAGAACCCAGAAGUCAUGAUUCCCUUCACCAAUGCCAACUAUGACGACCACCCAAUGCUGUACUUCUCCAGGGCAGAGGUGGCCGAGCUCCAGCUCAGGGCCGCUAGCUCGCACGAGCACAUUGCCGCCCGGCUCACCGAGGCCGUGCACACCAUGCUCUCCAGCCCUUUGGAGUACCUCCCUCCCUGGGAUCCCAAGGAGUACAGUGCCCGCUGGAACGAAAUUUACGGCAACAACUUGGGUGCCUUGGCAAUGUUCUGUGUGCUGUAUCCUGAGAACAUUGAAGCCCGAGAUAUGGCCAAAGACUACAUGGAGAGGAUGGCAGCUCAGCCUAGUUGGUUGGUGAAAGAUGCUCCUUGGGAUGAAGUCCCACUUGCUCACUCCUUGGUGGGUUUUGCCACUGCCUAUGACUUCUUGUACAAUUACCUGAGCAAGACACAGCAGGAGAAGUUUCUUGAAGUGAUUGCCAAUGCCUCGGGAUACAUGUAUGAAACUUCAUACAGGAGAGGAUGGGGAUUUCAGUACCUGCACAAUCAUCAGCCCACCAACUGCAUGGCCUUGCUCACAGGAAGCCUAGUUCUGAUGAAUCAAGGGUAUCUUCAGGAAGCUUACUUAUGGACCAAACAAGUUCUGACCAUCAUGGAGAAGUCUCUGGUCUUGCUCCGAGAGGUGACAGAUGGCUCCCUCUAUGAAGGAGUUGCGUAUGGCAGCUACACCACUAGAUCACUCUUCCAGUAUAUGUUUCUCGUUCAGAGGCACUUUGACAUCAACCACUUUGGCCACCCAUGGCUUAAACAACACUUUGCUUUUAUGUAUAGAACCAUCCUACCAGGGUUUCAAAGAACUGUGGCUAUUGCAGACUCAAAUUACAACUGGUUUUAUGGUCCAGAAAGCCAAUUAGUGUUCCUGGACAAAUUUGUCAUGCGUAACGGCAGUGGUAACUGGUUGGCUGACCAGAUCAGAAAGAACCGUGUGCUGGAAGGUCCAGGGACACCAUCCAAAGGGCAGCGCUGGUGUACUCUUCACACGGAAUUUCUCUGGUAUGAUGCCAACUUGAAGUCUGUUCCCCCUCCAGAUUUUGGCACUCCAACAUUGCAUUAUUUUGAAGACUGGGGUGUUGUGACUUACGGAAGUGCACUGCCUGCAGAAAUCAAUAGAUCUUUCCUUUCCUUCAAGUCGGGAAAACUUGGAGGACGUGCAAUAUAUGACAUUGUCCACAGAAACAAAUACAAAGACUGGAUCAAAGGCUGGAGAAACUUUAAUGCAGGACAUGAACAUCCUGAUCAAAACUCAUUUACUUUUGCUCCCAAUGGUGUGCCUUUCAUUACUGAGGCUCUCUACGGGCCAAAGUACACCUUUUUCAACAACGUUUUGAUGUUUUCCCCAGCUGUGUCCAAGAGCUGCUUUUCUCCCUGGGAGGGUCAGGUCACAGAAGACUGCUCAUCAAAGUGGUCUAAGUACAAGCAUGACCUGGCAGCUAGCUGUCAGGGGAGAGUGGUUGCUGCAGUGGAGAAAAAUGGGGUGGUUUUCAUCCGAGGAGAGGGUGUGGGAGCUUACAACCCCCAGCUCAAUCUGAAGAACGUUGAGAGGAAUCUGAUCCUCCUGCACCCGCAGCUUCUCCUUCUUGUGGAUCAGAUACACCUGGGAGAGGACAGCCCCCUGGAGACAGCUGCAAGCUUCUUUCACAAUGUGGAUUUUCCUUUUGAGGAGACAGUGAUAGAUGGAGUCCAUGGGGCUUUCAUCAGGCAGCGAGAUGGCCUCUAUAAAAUGUACUGGAUGGAUGAUACCGGCUACAGUGAGAAAGGCACCUUUGCUUCAGUGACGUACCCCCGGGGCUAUCCCUACAACGGGACCAACUAUGUGAAUGUCACCAUGCACCUCCGAAGUCCCAUCACCAGGGCAGCUUACCUCUUCAUAGGGCCAUCCGUCGAUGUUCAGAGCUUCAGCAUCCACGGAGACGCUCAACAACUGGAUGUGUUCAUAGCCACCAGUGAGCACGCCUACACCACUUACCUGUGGACAGGUGAGACCACAGGACAGUCUGCCUUUGCACAGGUCAUUGCCGACCAUCAUAAAAUUCUGUUUGACCGGAGUUCAGCCAUCAAGAGCCCCAUCAUCCCUGAGGAGAAGGACUAUGCUGCUCUUGUGGACCAGAACCUGCAGCGUUUUAAGCCAGUGUUCCAGCUGCUUGAGAAGCAGAUCCUGUCCCGAGUCCGGAACACAGCCAGCUUUAGGAAGACUGCUGAGCGCCUACUGAGGUUUUCAGAUAAGAGGCAGACUGAGGAGGCCAUCGACAGGAUUUUUGCCAUCUCACAGCAGCAGCAGCAGCAAAGCAAGUCCAAGAAAAACCGAAGGGUUGGCAAACGCUAUCAAUUUGUGGAUACUGUCCCUGAUAUUUUUGCACAGAUUGAAGUCAAUGAAAAAAAGAUUCGACAGAAAGCUCAGAUUUUGGCACAGAAGGAGCUGCCCAUAGAUGAAGAUGAAGAAAUGAAAGACCUUUUAGAUUUUGCAGAUGUGACGUAUGAGAAACACAAAAACGGUGAUUUGAUGGAAGGCCGGUUUGGACAGGCUCGGAUGGUGACAACUACUCGCAGCAGAGCCCCGGCACUGUCUGCUUCGUAUACCAGACUGUUUCUGAUUCUGAACAUUGCUAUUUUCUUUGUCAUGUUGGCAAUGCAACUGACUUAUUUCCAGAGGGCCCAGAGCCUACAUGGCCAAAGAUGUCUCUACGCAGUCCUUCUGAUAGAUAGCUGUAUUUUAUUAUGGUUGUACUCUUCUUGUUCCCAGUCACAGUGUUAGCACUGAAGCUAUAAUUUGCUUGAUCAUUUUGUGGUCACAAGUCUAUGCAAAAAAGAAAAAAAUCAUUACCCCAGUUUGUUAUCAGAUUUUUUCCCUCAGAUUCAUUUUAACAAAUUAAGGGGAAAGUAUUUUUACACAAGAAAGCAAGGACGUGGAGAAAUCAGUGUUGGUACAGGCAGAGAAUUUAUCAGGGCAAUCAGAGGAGCUUGGUUGUUGAUGCUUCUGGAAGUGUCUGGCUUGGCCAGCUUGGCAGUCCGCAUGCUACUACUCUUAGAAGAAACAAAAGUUUGGUUUUUCAGUAAUAUUACUUCUUAAGAGAAAAAUAAAACUUAGGUAGAAUUGGAUUUUAUUAAUAGUAAUUUAAUGCUAUUAGCAAUCUCCAGAUUCUAUUUUAUGGAAAGACUGAGGUACACAAUUCUGAGAAAUAUGGAAAAAUUUUUUUAAUGGUGUAGUCAUGUUGAAAAUAAACGUUGAUGUGUCCUGGUAUGGUGGUGUCAGCUUCCUUGGAGAGUCAUUUAUUAGUUAAAUGAAUAACAGCAUCUGCAUAUUGGAUUACUAUUCAGAUAACAUAGUAAAAUGAUGGCAGAAGAUCAUUAAAAACUGAAGAUAUAUUUCCAGUAGAAAACAUUUAUCUAUGAAUGAAUAUUUCCUUGAUAAUGCUGGUUUCUGCACACACAUAAUUGACCACUUUUAUGCAACCAUUCUUCAAUAAAUAAGACUAUUACAGGUAACUUAAUUUUCUAUUUUUCUUCUAUGGAAAACAGUUGUAGACCCAAUGACUAACUUCAAAAUAAAAUAUUUUGUAUCCUGAAUGUUGAUAUCAAUACCAAAGAAGAUGUGGAAGCUAAAAUCUGGAUAUGAUUCUUACUUUUUUUUAAUAGAAACCUUUCUUCAAGUUUAUUUUGCUAAAUAAACAUCAUAAUUGUAAUUUU